AUGGAUUUGAACAAGAAACCACUACUCUUCCUAGAUAUGAAACUGCGUGACUACCCGACGGACCCUAUCAAAACCCUCAUUGACUCUGGCGCCACCUCCAACUUUAUAUCUCCCUCAUUAGUAGAACAACUUAAAAUCCCAAAGACCCUACUCGAAAAUCCACGAGUAGUGAGAAUGCUAGAUGGUACCAUAUCCCAGACUGGUCGCAUUUGGCACCAGGUUCAACUUGCGGUUUCGGCCAAUGGCCACCCCCACAUUAUUCCUUUCCUUGUUUGCCCCAUAGGCAACACACCGGCUAUCCUAGGCAUGACAUGGUUAACGGCAGAAGCUCCUUUGAUUGAUUGGCAACAGGGAUUAGUCACCUUCCCUGAACAAGUUCAAAUUGCCUCCGAAGAAGAAGCGGACUCAGACCCUCUAGCAGAUCUCCCCCCUCAGUACCAUGAGUUUGCUAGAGUCUUUGGCAAAGAAGAAUUUAAGGUCCUCCCUCCACAUAGGGAGUAUGACAUCUCUAUAGACCUUGUCCCAGACGCCAAAUUGACCCCUGGUCCCAUAUACGGCAUGACAGAUGCGGAGUCUAAGGCGUUGAAACAACACAUUGAUGAAGAACUAGCAACGGGCAAGAUUCGCCCCAGUACCUCAUCCGCCGGCGCUCCAGUCAUGUUUGUAAAAAAGGCAGAUGGCUCACUAAGACUGGUAGUUGACUAUAGGAAGUUAAAUGACGUCACACACAAGAACGUCUACCCACUCCCUAGGCAGGACGACUUGAUGGCCAAACUUAGGCACGCAAAAAUGUUCACAAAGUUAGACCUACGCUGGGGUUACAACAACGUCAGGAUCAAGGAAGGGGAUGAAUGGAAAACGGCAUUCAGAACUAAAUACGGGCUAUUUGAAUACCUGGUAAUGCCUUUUGGCCUCACCAACGCCCCAGCUGCCUUCCAACAUUUCAUGAACGACCUGUUCAGGGACCUCAUUGACGUCACAGUGGUGAUCUAUUUGGAUGACAUAUUAAUCUUCUUGGAGAAACCGGAGGACCACCCUAACCACGUAAGGGAAGUCCUCUCCCGAUUGAUGAAAAAUCAGCUGUUCUGCAAGCUCUCCAAGUGCCACUUCCACGUCACUACGGUUGAUUACCUUGGCAUUGUCAUAUCCCCCACCGGUUUUUCCAUGGAUCAAAAGAAGAUUGAGGCGGUCACAUCAUGGCCUCAACCCAGGACAGUCAAACAGGUCCAGGCUUUUUUAGGAUUUGUCAACUACCUCAGACGUUUUAUUCCCAACUUCAGCACGGUCGCGCGUCCCCUACACAAUCUCACCAGAAAGGAAACCCCCUGGUCAUGGGGUGAAGAGGAGGAAGACGCAUUCCAGGAAUUAAAGGCCCUUGUCACCAAAUCUCCGGUUCUUAUUCACUCCAACCCAGAACUACCCUACUACCUAGAAACAGACGCGUCAGGGGUAGCCAUGGGAGCUAUAUUGAGCCAAAGAGGAGAGGAUAACCGUCUUCACCCAAUUGCGUAUAUGUCAAAAUCCUUCUCUGGUGCAGAAGCCAACUAUGAUACCCACGACAAGGAACUAUUGGCUAUUAUCAAGGCACUGGAGGAAUGGAGGAUCUUCUUAGAAGCAACGGAAAAACCCAUACAGGUGCAUGCCCGAUGGCGCAUAUUCUUGAGCGACUUUAACUUUGAGAUCCACUACCGACCAGGGAAACAGUCGGGUAAACCUGAUGCAUUGUCCAGACGGGCAGACUAUGUUGACAACCCCUCAGAACCGGAAGUCAUGCUCCCCGCAGAAGUCUUUGCCAACACGUCAGAAGAAGAACUGGAAAUUGUCACGGAGAUCCGCACCAAGCUUAGGGAAGACCCAUCCCUUGAGCCCAUUAUCCAAUUCCUCACAGAAGAUGCGGACGACGCUCCUCCUUCCAUUCGUAAGGCGUACAGAGAUUAUGACUGGGAAGAAGACCUCCUCUGGUAUUGUGGUAAACUAGUUGUCCCAGACUCAGAAGCCCUAAAGGAACGACUACUCAAAGAAUUCCACGAUUCACCCCUGGCAGGCCACCCUGGACAGCAAAGAACCCUAGAACUCCUGAGCCGUAAUUACUGGUGGCCAGGAAUGAAGUCAUCCGCCAAGGAAUGGGUAGAAUGUUGUCCCACCUGUCAAGCCAAUCGCCGCGCUCACGCCCCUGUCAUCGCCCUGAAGCCCCUAGAAGUUCCUCCCUUCCCGUUCCACACAAUAUCCUACGAUUUCAUUACCGGGUUUCCUAAGUCACAAGGCCACGACGCUAUCUUAGUGGUAAUUGAUUCAUUUUCCAAGUUUGGGCAUUUCAUCCCCACUUCUAAGAAGGUUACCGCCAAAGGACUUGCAGACCUAUUCAUCACCCAUGUAUGGAAACUUCAUGGAUUACCGGUCAAGACAAUCUCAGACCGCGGAACUACCUUCACCGGGAAAUUCCUAAGGGCCCUCUACCAACGGCUUGGAGUUAAACCAGCGUUUUCCUCUGCGUACCACCCUGAAUCAGACGGACAGACAGAAAGAGUGAACCAGUUUAUCGAGUUUUACCUACGCUCCUACGUAGCUGCUGAUCAUUCGGACUGGGCCACUUGGCUGCCUUUGGCUGAAUACGCUUACAACAACGCCAAACACGCGGCAACCGGGAAAACGCCCUUUGAACUUGUCUAUGGACGGAACCCAGUAAUGAAUCCCUCCAACAUCCCAGCCAACGUCCCAGAAGCAGAUGCGGUGGCAGACACAUUAGCCCAAGAAUGGAAAGAAGCCAAAUCAGCCCUCAGAAUGAGCAAAGAACAGAUGGCCAGGGAAAAAGGAAUAAUACCGGAGUAUUCAGUAGGCGAAAAGGUCUGGCUAGAUGGGAAGAACGUAGAACUCAGGACCAAUUCAAAUAAGUUGGACCCUAGACGACUUGGCCCCUUCAAAAUCAUUGAGAAGGUCUCCAGCCACGCUUACCGCUUGGAGUUACCAGAAACCUUGAAGAUCCAUGAUGUCUUUUACGUUGGGCUACUCUCCAGAGUCCACGAAUCCCCAAACCAGCCAUUCCCGGAACGACCUCCCCCUGAAACAAUAGAGGGAGAAGAGGAAUACAAGGUCGAGCAAAUCAUUGACUCCAAACGACAACGGGGUAAAUGGUUUUAUUUAAUAAAAUGGAGAGGUUACGGUCCAGAAGACAACUCCUGGGAGCCCGAGGAACUACUGAAACACAGCCAGGAAGAGAUCAAGCGCUUCAACCAGGCUAGACUCAGAAAGGCUCGUGACGCCGCCAAGAGCCUUUAA